AUGAGUGACCACCCGCUGAAGGAGAUGUCUGAAAGCAACAGGAGCCCUCUCCUGCCAGGGCCUCUUUCCAGCAGAUACAAACUAUAUGAGUCAGAACUAAGCAGCCCUACCUGGCCUUCCAGCCCCCAGGAUACACACCCAGCCCUUCCCUUGCUGGAAAUGCCUGAGGAAAAGGAUCUCCGAUCACCUGAUGAAGACAGCCACAUAGUGAAAAUCCAAAGACCCAGUGAAAGGAGCAAAAGGAGAGAAAGUGAGGUGCCCCGCAGGGCUUCUGCGGCCCAGGGAGGCUUCAGCUUCUUCCAAACUGUGGGCUAUCUCACUGGUGACAUGAAGGAAUGCCAGAGCUGGCUGAAAGAUAAGCCCCUGGUCCUCCAGUUCCUAGACUGGGUCUUGAGGGGAGCAGCUCAGGUGAUGUUUGUCAACAACCCCCUUAGUGGACUCAUCAUCUUCAUAGGGCUCCUGAUCCAGAAUCCCUGGUGGACAAUUGCUGGGGCCCUGGGGACAGUGGUCUCAACCUUAACUGCCCUUGCCUUAAGCCAGGACAGGUCCACCAUCGCCUCUGGACUCCAUGGCUACAAUGGGAUGCUGGUGGGACUGCUGGUGGCCGUGUACUCAGAGAAGUCAGACUUCUACUGGUGGCUUCUGCUUCCUGUGACCUUCGCCUCCAUGGCCUGCCCAGUUAUUUCCAGUGCCUUGAGUAGCAUCUUCACCAAGUGGGAUGUGCCAGUCUUCACGCUGCCCUUCAAUAUUGUCUUAACUCUGUACCUGGCAGCUACAGGCCACUACAACCUCUUCUUCCCCACAACGCUUGUCGAGCCUGUGUCUUCCGUUCCCAAUAUCUCCUGGACAGAGAUUGAAAUGCCUUUGCUGUUACAAACCAUCCCUGUUGGGGUCGGCCAGGUCUACGGCUGUGACAACCCAUGGACAGGUGGCAUGAUCCUGGUGGCCCUGUUUAUCUCCUCCCCACUCAUCUGCUUGCACGCAGCCAUAGGGUCCAUCGUGGGGCUGCUAGCAGCGCUGACUGUGGCCACACCCUUUGAGACGAUCUACAUGGGCCUUUGGAGCUACAACUGUGUCCUCUCCUGUAUCGCUAUCGGAGGCAUGUUCUACGCCCUCACCUGGCAGACACACGUGCUGGCACUUGUCUGUGCCCUGUUCUGCGCAUAUAUGGGGGCGGCCAUCUCCAACAUGAUGGCAGUGGUUGGUGUGCCCCCAGGUACCUGGGCCUUCUGUCUCUCCACACUCAUCUUCCUUCUCCUGACGAGCAACAACCCUGGCAUCUACAAGCUCCCGCUCAGCAAAGUCACCUACCCAGAGGCCAACCGCAUCUACUUCCUGACCCUGAAGAGCAAUGAAGAAGAGAAGUCCCCCAAUGGUGACUAGCCCAGCUCCAAGCGAAAACACGCUUGCCUGCUUCCCUGUGCUCUCAACUCUGGGCCAAUCAACUUAGCCCACUUUCUUUGCCUCUCCUUGCACCUGCAGCAAAUCAAACACACCUGGCCCUCAGUAACCCUGAAGCUGAUUUGCUCCCUCUGCCCAGAUCUUUAUAACUACCCAUGGUGCAGCCUUAAAGGGAGCUGGGAUGCCCUUGCUGGA